AAUGACAAAAUUGGAUAUCAGGAAUUACCUUGAAAGAAUAUACAAUGUGCCAGUAGCUGCUGUGAGAACCAGGAUACAGUAUGGUGCAAACAACAAGAGGAAUCACAGGAAUCAGAGAGUGAAGAAGCCAGAUUACAAGGUCGCCUAUGUACAGCUGGGCCAAGGACAAACCUUUCAGUUUCCCAACCUAUUUCCAGAGAAAGAACAAGACACAGAAACUCGCUCUUUCGAUGACUUCAGGGAUAAAUAUAUGGAGAAAGAGAAGCAGAAGGAGGAGGGUGACCCCAGACGAGGUGGAGUUCCUGAUUGGUUUGGACUUUGAUGUAACAAGCCAGCUGCCUUCCUUUAGGCUCAGAGGGAUUUUGAUUAGCACAACUUGCACUCUUCUCUUCCCUUCUUGUAAUGACUGAAUGUUUAUUCUUGAGCAGCCCUUGCUAGCGUGUCUUUUUUUCUGGCUGUUUGUACAUGACUACAACAAAAUGCCCCUGAAGAAAUAAAAAGGUAAAAUAAAUCUGACUGCACCAGGUCUUUUGUGUGAACUUGUGGACUAUUUCUAGAAUGUGGAAUUCUUUGUUGUCAUUUCUGACUAUGAGAGUGUCAUUGUGCCUACCUUUUUCGUGCUGCUGCAGGUUGUUUUGAGUAGAAAUAGGUUAUUUAAUUUCCUAGGAUACACGCAGUUUCUAUUGACUAGAAUGUCUAAAAGUCAACAUAGGUUAGUCAGAAAUGGACAUGGAAGUGUAGAAAACUGGACUAUAGGCUCAGGAUGUAGGGUUCCCUUAUUGUCACUUACUGGGUCCUACUAUCUUAUUGCCUUCCUUGCAGUGACCCCUCCUGUCCUAGAGAAAUGCAUGUGAUCUUAAUGUACUCUUGUAACACUUGUGUGGCAUUUUGGGGACAGGGUUUAUAGGGCACAUUUGUGACUGUGCACAUGUGUGUUUGAUCCCCUUAAACAUCAAGAAGCAGACAAAGUGGUGCACGUCUCUGCUUGCUGUUGUGCAGUGCAGUAGCUGUUCUCUGUGACCAACCUGCCUUAGGAAUGUUUACUGGCAUAGUUGUGCUGGUUUCCUUCCCCACUCCACAGCUACCUUGCAGUACUGGCAAGUGUCCUGUGUGGACACAGUUGUAUUGGCAUGGAAAUGCUUCUGCCAGUGUAGCCUGUGUUGUGCUGAGGACUAAUAAAAAGACUCCUUUUACUUUC